AUGUGCUCCCUCUACCAACCCUUCUCCCGCUACGGCCCCCAGCUGCUGGAGGGGCUGAGCAAGGUGGGACUGGGCCGGCCCUCGGACGCGGUGAUGCGGGCCACGUUCUUCCGCCACUUCUGCGCCGGCGAGACGCUGGCCGGUGUGGGCGACGUGGUCGGCCAGUACGAGCGUAGCGGCGUGCGCUGCAUCUUCGACUACUCUGUCGAGGACGCGCUGAGCCUCGAGGAGUGGAACAGCAACACGGAGGGGCUCAUCAAGAAGAUGCGCGACUACUCCGCCACGUUCGGCGACCGCGUGCGGUUCGUGCCGCUCAAGGUCACCGGCCUGUGCGCGCCUACGCUGCUCGAGCGCAUGAGCGGCGUCAUCUACGACCAAGCUGCGGUCGACAACGCCUGGAUGGAGGGCUAUCGCUACCAGCCCUGCCUCGGCUUCCCCACCAAGAAGGACGCGGUGGUGCCUCCGCUGAGCCAGGGCGAACGCCGGGAGCUGAGCGAGGCCAACGAGCGCCUCAGUGCCAUCUGCGCUGAGGCCAGCAAGGCCAACCUCUCCCUCCUCUUUGAUGCCGAGCAGACGCCCAGGCAACCGGCGAUCAACUGGUUCACGCGCAAGCUGUCGCGGCAGUUCAACAGGGAGAGGGCGGUGGUGUUCAACACGUUCCAGAUGUACCUCCAGGGGAACCUCGACAACCUGGAGAGCGAGCUGGCCCACGCCCGCGACGGCGGCUACAUCCUGGGCGCCAAGGUGGUGCGCGGAGCCUACAUUCACACCGAGACCCAGCACGCCCGGCAGCACGGCCUGCCGCUGCCCAUUGUCGACAGCAAGGAGAGCACCGACGUCCAGUACGACGUGGCGAUUGCGCUGCUCCUGCGAAACAUCGGCAGCGCGGCGCUGGUGGUGGCCACCCACAACUCGGCGUCGGUGGAGAAGGCCAUGAGCGAGAUGCAGCGGCUGGCCAUCGACAAGUCCUCCACCCGCGUCAACUUUGCCCAGCUGAUGGGCAUGUGCGAAGAUCUCACACUGAGCCUCGGUCAGCUGGGCUACAACGCGCACAAGCUGUUGCCGUACGGGCCGCUGGAGAACGUGAUGCCGUACCUCAUCCGCCGCGUGCAGGAGAACAGCUCCGUGCUCGGCGGCACGGCCAGGGAGCGACAGCUCAUCUGGCGCGAACUCAAGCGCCGCGCGCUCGGCUCGGGCUCAGCCGCCGCCGCCCACGCCUAG